CUACAGCUGAUGUCCAGCAGGCUGCAGCCUGGUAACCUGCACAACUUCCCUCACAUGCAAGCAGAACUACAACUUCAAGGUAAAGGUGUGACACAGCUUGACAGUGCACGUUAUGAAGAGCAUGUUCAGAGCAUCUCCUCAGAGUUUGAGAGACGUUUUACUGACUUUGCAUCCAUCGAGCCUGUAGCCAGCUAUAUGUGUUAUCCAUUUGGUGCAAGUAUUGAUGUUGGUGACAUUUCCGCCAAAGUCAAAUCACUUUUUGACUUGGAAAGCUCCGCUCUUGAGGAUGAGAUUCUGACAUUGCAAAAUGACAUUGAGAUCAAAGCCAGAUCAACAUCCGCUCAACCUGGAGAGCAUGUGGUGUUCUGGAAACUACUGGUGGAGGAGAAAUAUCCCAAUCUCAGAAGAUGUGCCUUGAACCUGACAGCUCUUUUUGGAUCAACUUAUUUGUGCGAGUCUGCUUUCUCACACAUGAAAAUCAUCAAGUCCAAGCACAGAUCAGCAAUGACAGAUGACCACCUUGCAGCCUGCCUACGCCUUGCGACCAGUUCCUACACUCCUGACUACGAGAAGCUAGCCUCCUCCUCCCAGUGCCAGGUCUCCCACUAAGAGGCUAAUCUUCCUGUGACUGAAGGUGAUCCAGCCCUCUGGCUUCCUUUUGGAUGCAGAAUAUCCACUUAGCCCACUGCUCCAUCUGCAGCUGCAGGCCACGUCUGUCUGCUGGAAGCUCCAGACGGAUCUCUGAAGCUGGGAUCUGAGCCAAUGACCUGCAGGAGGAGAGAGGCAGCGUAGAGGCUGGAUUAAAAUGGGGCUGCAGAUCUUGGUUCCAGCCGACUGCCAGUCCGCCGGCCGCCCUCUCUGCCCGCCGCCAUGCCAGACGUGAAGCCCCCCCCACCAUGUGACUACCCCUCCACCUCCACCGCUGCAGCCCCUGCCGGCUCCUCUCACCUGGACCUGGUCAUCCACAUGGAGCCCUGCAUCGCCAACCUGUCCCCCGACCCCCUGUCCUCCUUCCCCCGACACCGACCUGGCCUCCCCCGCUACCCGGGACCCUCCUUCCCCCUCCUGGCCCGCUGUAGCAGCAGCACCCUGCUCUCUAACCUGGGCCUGAGGUGCUGCUCCGGCCGGCAGGGCCCUCUGGGGCUGGACCCAGGUCAGGGGCCGGUCCCUGGAUCCCACAGCGGGAGCAGCAGCAGGAGGCCUUACAGGAGCAUGGAGAACCUGAACUGGAGCGCUGUGGUGGAUCCUGGCCUGUGCACGCUCAGCGCUGCCCCCUACAGGAGCGUGGACAGUGAGUUUAUUCUACGCUACGCCUCCUCCAGCCACUGGUACGACGGGCCUCCGGACGGAACUCUGGUUGGGCCUCACUCUCCGGAGAGUCUGGCCUUUUACCCUCGACUGCCCAGGAAGGACCUGCCGCUGUUCCCUCAGCUGCUGCUUCCUGGUGGCGUCGACGAAUGGGAUGCAAGGAAGGGACUGAGGGAGAAGCUCCGCCUCCAGAGCGCCAGGUCAGCCGUGGAGCCUCUGAAGCCCCUCCCACUGCGGCCUCAGGUGACUCCAGAGAGCAUGCAUAAUGGGAAUAAUGGGGCCAGACCACCGUGCACGAUGCGCAUCACCAGCCCAGAGGAGAUCAAGCAGGAGGUCUUGAGGCGCUUGCAGCUCCGGAGGCAGAAUAGUAGCCCCAACCUGGCUCUCCACAGCUCCCCGUGCAUCCCGACAGCAGCAAGAACAUCCUUCACGACUGACAGCAUCACAGGGAACAAGAAGGAACCAGACUCUGCAUCAGAGCAUCGUAGACCUCCUGUGGGACGUUUACACAUCCCGACGUUUGAGGAGUUUAAGAAGAUGAGGCAGAGGGAAGGGAGUCUGGAGACCACAACAGGAAAACCUGACGGAUCAGACAACAGGACCGGGUGGACCUCUCAGCUGGGUUCUAGUGGAGAGCAGAGAGGAGAUCCUGAGGAGGUGGAGGGAGGAGAAAGGACCGGCAGCAGUGAUGAAGGGCUCCAGACCUCCUCAGAGAUACUGGCCUCCAACACCGUGAGCACCACCAGCGCUGCUUCUCCCUCCUCCACCUCGGUUUCCUCCGCCUACUCCCCCAUCCGGACCGGACCGUCUCCACGCUCACCGCUGCAGCCGCAGGCCAGCUCGGCCCAGGACAAAGCCUCCGUUGUAGGAGGAGACGACGGAGGCGCCAGGCGUCGGAGGAGCAGUCUGGAACCGGCCGGGUCGGUUCCCUUCCCGCCCGGCAGGGAGAACUGGGAACGUCCCUCCAGCUGCUGCCCGGCGCUGCUCCUGGAGGGAACCGACCUGUCCAGCUAUGGAGCCAAGAUCUACAAGAUGAAGGACGGGCUCAUCGGCUCGGCGCUGGACCUCAUCAAGAAGAGCUGCAGUGCAGAGAUCUCCGCCGAGGCCCCCGUCAGGCUGUCAGGUGACCGGGACGGAGGCUGUGACAUCACCGCCCCCUCGACCGACUGUCAGCCCUCCGCCGUUGCCAUGGCAACGUCGGCAACGGCCUGCGGAGCCGAGGCUGGCGACGAGGCGCCUGCAGGAGAAGGAGGUGGAGGAGGAGAGGAAGCAGCAGAAUGCCUCACCAGCCUGGGCUGCCGGCGUUCCAGCUUGGACGCAGCCUAUGAGCUGGCGGAGACGGUGAGAGCCCAGCGUGAGUGCCGCCUCCGGCCCCACUACAGCGACCCCAUGCCGGCCGACGCCUCCAAACGCAAACAGCUGGAGAUGAAGAUCGCUGCUGCCGCCCGGCUGCACAGCCACCGCCGAGACCGAGACAGCGCUCCAGCAGCGAUCCGGGGCCGAUCAGAGCCUCCCGGUGAGGAGCGCCAGGCGGUUCUGGGCGUGACUCGGUCCGGGCAGCACCGCUGGAGCACCAUCAGCAGCCUGAGCGCCGACAGCGGGGUGGUGGGCCUCAGCGACGAGCGGGACGAGGAGGACAGCGAGCCUCGGCGCUACCGCCGGAGCCGGGGAGCCGAGGUGGAGCGAGUGGACAGUGGCAUCGGUCCAGGUCUGUCCCGCACCUGGAAGAGACCAUCGGCCUCCCUGAGAGCCUGGGAGGCCCAGAGACCCUGUCCGGACUGCGGGCUGAGGGACGGAGCCUCCAAAGAGCGAGGAGAGCGGAUGUGUGAACGCUGCUCCAAGCUGAGGACGGAGCGAAAGGAAGCCAUCCUGGAGUUUCUGAACACGGAGUCGAGCUACGGCGAAGACCUGCGGAUCAUCAAGGAGGAGUUCUACUGCCCCAUGCAGAGCGCCGGGCUGCUGACGGCCGAGCAGCUGCUGGUGGUGUUCGGGAACGUCCAGGAGCUGAUCGAUGUCAACGACCGCUUCACCGAACACCUGCAGGACAGCAUCGACCAGGCCUUCGACCAGGGCGAUGAGGAUCUGCUGACAGUCUACAUCGGAGAGAUCUUCCUGGAGUUCGUGAACAUGCUGCCCGCCUUCCAGACCUACUGCCUGCAGCAGUCCACCUCGGUCAACAUGCUCAACACACUGGAGAAGGAGAAAGAACUGCUCAGAAUCUUCCUGGAUGUUUCCCAGAAUGACAACACGGCACUGCGACGUAUGAACUUGCGCUCCUUCCUCAUGGCACCCCUCCAACGCGUGACCAAAUACCCACUUCUAUUGAGCCGCAUCAUUAAGGUCACUCCCGAGUGUCACCCCGACUACUUGCGUCUCCGUGAGGCCAAGAGUCGGGUCGAAUCCCAUCUGGAGCACAUCAACAUGAAGACCAAGCAGGAGGGCAACGGCGUCACCUGGUCCCUGCGCUCAUUCCGUCGUGACAGCCGCAAGAACCGGGAGGUGAUCAACAUCGAGAUGCGGGAGGUGUCGAUGAAGACGGUGGGCUGGGCAAGGGAAAACACAAGAUUCGUAAUGGAGGGACCGCUGCAGUUGUCCCAACCAGCAGACGGGCAGUGGGUGAAGAAGGGAAGCAAGGCCCUCAAGUUCCAAAAUGUCCAGAGUCUGCUGAUGGUGAGGACACAGCGAUCCGGCGAAGCCCCGGCACAGGGCACCGACUCGGCAGCACGAGGGGAUCAGGUGGAAGGUGGCGGAGAGAGCAUUCGAGAUGGAGUGCUGGUUCUAAUCAAGGACAAGAGCAGCGGGAAGUUUGCGGUGCUUCGAGAGCCCAUCCGUCUGGGGAACUGUGUGGUGUCGACGGAUCCGGACAGCGAGGACACAUUUGAGGUGCUCGAUAUCCGGCGGGAAUCUUUCGUUUUCCGUGCCUCAGACAAAUCCCGUACCCAGCAGUGGUUCCAUCAGAUCAAGAGAUACGCCCGUGACUUAGGCACCUGGAGGAAAAGACGUAACGCUUUACCCAACAUCAUGAUCAACACAAACCAGACGCGCUCCUGAGACUAGCCACCUUUGUUACACUGUAAAUAACCUGAAUCCUUCUACUGCAAAAAUCAACUGAAGCAUUUCUGAGUGACGCCACUGUUAAAACUUGUUAGAUUUCAGUAAAAAAAAGAAGAAAAUCUUUCUCAAAGUCUUGUGAGGGUAAGAGAAAGAUGAAGCACUUUUUUCUUACAAAGCUCUAAGUGCGCCAUACUGUCAUAAAAUAUGUAUGUAGAUUUAAUUUAAACCGUUACAUUUCCAAAAAAUGAAAAAAUCACAAUCUUGGGACAACCAAAAAACUUGGGCUGUGCUUGUCAGCCUUGAUUGUAAAGACUGUUGGAGAAAAAGAGCUGUGUUUUCAGUAAAUAAGGUGUGUCUGUUGGAAAGCAUGACUGACUGCAAAAAGAAAAAUUGUAAUGUCAUUUUUUUAUAUGAGACUGCGGGGGCUAAAAACAUUUGUUUCUGAAAAGGUCGAGAAGUCGACAAAGGUUCAGUAGUUUUGUUUGUUGUCACUGCCCUUCCCUGUCUGUGUGCCGCCCUCUAGUGGCGGUACAACAGCUUUCACUGCCGGAGAUGCAGUGGAGCAGAAGCCUCUCUAGCAGGCUUGAACAGACCUCCAGUGUCACUGUGUUUUAAAUGGGAUAUUCACAUAACAGCAAUAAUCUCUGCCAGUUUUUCAAAAAUUUGUAGCUACUGUAUAUGCAUUUAAUUUUCAAGGAUUUCCUUUUUGGCAUUCAGGUGGUAAUCCUGCUUCAAUGAGCACUGUGUUACUGAGUAUUACAGUAUGUGGCAGAUUCAGCUGGAAUCUGAUUAUGUUUGUUGGCAUGAAUACAGCUUCCCUUCAUUUCCCCAACACACAGGAAGCCGUGAGAAUUAAGAUAAUCUUUGUGCCAUGGGAGCAAUUUGUGAAAAGUCUAGUUAGCCUGCUUUGUGUUAACAUCAUGUCAAACACUACAGCCUCCUUCACUGUGUGUCGACUGCAGAGUUUUUCAACCUUCAGGAUUUUACUGUUUAUGGCGCUGCAGCAAACUUACAUUAUCAAAUAAUCUGCAGAUUAUUUCCUUAAGUGUCUGAAAAUAGUGAAAUAUGCAUGUUUAAAAGAUCCUCUCUGGUGAAAAUCAAAUUUUUUCCAUUGUUAACAUGUCCAUUUGGUAUUUUUUUACUUGCUAGAAGACUAUCAUGAGCUAAAUGAGCAGUUAACACCACAGCUGAGCAUUUAAACCUUGAAACUAAAGAAUCCUGAUGACAGAGCUGAAAACUUUCAAGGUUUCAUAACAAACCUAAGAAACCAAUCCUGGAUUUACUGUAGCAUCAUUCCUCUUCAGAAUCACAGUUCAAUCAUCUCUGGAUUAUUCCAGGAUGACAACCUUCCAUUGUGUAGCGUAGGUGAGCUGGUGUGCACGAGCUGCAGAAAACUGUAGAGUUACAAUCAAGCCAUUUUAAGACAGGAUUAUUUUAGUGGAAAAAAAAAAACAUCUAAAUAUGUAACCUUGAUACACAGAUAUACCUUGACCGUAAAGGACUUUGGUUGCACAAAUUACUAUUUUUUGUAUUUAUGCAACCAAAACUCAAAUUUAAUUGAUUUCAAAUCACAUAAAUAAUAGAAAAGCAGCCAACAUUUGGCUAUUUUAGAAAACAGAAUUAAAUAGAAAGGUGACAGAAGUGCUGUUAAAGUUGCUCAAACCACUAGAGCUCUUGGACAGAAGAAUUGCAGCAUAAAAAUUCAAUUCUGGGCUCUCAGGGUCGGUUUGAAAUGUAAAAGGCCUCUACUGAAGUGAAUCAGAAACGUUAAAUGCCGUGUUUUGGCUGUAAUUCUUCUGCCAUGAUCAGAAUUGUUUGGUUUUGUAAGGCAAUUAAUCUACUCAUUUAUCAUUUAAACACUGUCCAUUUUUCUUAAAGAAAUGAGUUAACUUGGUCUAAAAUGUCACCAUUUCUGUACAAUCCCUCCCUCUACCCAUGGACAUGUGUAUUUUAUUUUGAAAUUUUAAGGUUGAAAAACUCUGCUGACUUGACAAACUUGCCUCAAAACAAGCAUCCCAACCAUGUUAUGGUGACACAGUGGUACCUGUGUUCUUACGUGAGCUAGCGAUGAGCUGUUGUGCCUUGGUACUCGAUUACUGUUAACUGAAAUAUCUGCAAUCUGUCACAGUAGCAUUCACCUCUGAAUCCAGACUGAGCUCAAUUUACAGGCAAUAGAAUUAUUCCUCACUUAUUUUAGCGUGUUCUUUCUACUUCGUGGUGUUUUGUUUUUUUUUUUUUUAUUUAUGAAGGCUUUAUUUUGUUUGAUGCACUUUAUUAUAAUUCAGUAAUGGAAUACUCUCCAGCUGGUAAAACAUCUUAAAGUCGUGUUUUUUCACAGUCUGACUGAUCCUGAAACCAAAUCCACUCUUUCAGACCAAUGCUGUUCUGUUAGUUCUGAAGCGAAUCACUGUGUUUUGGAGGGCAGGGCUGUUAAAUCCACACCAAUACCCACGUGGAUGCAGUUUCAAAUUUAACACUUUCAACGUGUAAUAAUAAAAAAACAAAAUCCUGCUGGGUUGCAAACAGUUUUUCUUUACUUUUCCUCAUUUGUGUUUGAAAGACCUGCUGUAUUAUUUCCCCAGUGUAAUAUAUGUGAAUUAUAUUAAAAGAUUUUAAACACA